ACUGUGCAACUUUUGUCAUAUCCUGACAGCACUUUUCUCCCACUCUCGCGCGCCUCCGUCUUACUGACUCUCUCGCUCGAGGGCACCACAGGCACAGCAGCUCUUCCUCCAGUCCCAGCCCUGAUGGCUGAGCUUGUGAAAGUUCGCAAGAAACACCUUCAGGCUCCGAUCUGCAGGUUACGCUCCAUGGUGAAACAGCUGGACGAAAAGGAUGUGGACUUUGAAGCUCUGAAGAAGAACCUAGAUUACACCGCAUCCCUCCUGGAGGCAGUGUACAUCGAUGAGACAAGGCAGAUGCUGGACACAGAAGAUGACCUCCCGCAGAUCCGCUCGGAGGCGGUCCCGACCGAGGUCCGGGAUUGGCUGGCCUCGACCUUUACCCAGAAGGCUCGCCCUCCAGGUCGGCGGUCAGAUGAGAAACCAAAAUUUCGCAGCAUCGUUCACGCGGUGCAGGCUGGCAUCUUUGUCGAGAGGAUGUUUAGGAAAGCCUACACCGCUGCCAUUCCUAACCAGCCAUCGGCCGUCAUUCAGAACCUCCGGAACAUCGACAGAUGGAACUUCGACGUGCUGGCACUGAACAGAGCCAGCAGAGGGCACGCGUUGCAAACCGUGGUCAUUGAACUGCUGACCAGAUACGAGCUCAUCAGUCGCUUUAAGAUUCCAAUCACAUUCCUGAUGACCUUCCUGGGAGCCCUGGAGAAAGGCUACAAUAAACACCGCAACCCCUAUCACAGCCAGAUCCAUGCUGCUGACGUCACGCAGACCAUACACUGCCUUCUGCUGCGCACUGGCCUGGUGCACUGGCUCAGCGAGCUGGAGGUGCUCGCUGUGCUGUUCGCCGCCGCCAUCCACGAUUUCGAGCACACCGGAACAACCAACAACUUCCACAUCCGCACACGAUCCAACUAUGCCAUGAUCUACAAUGACCGCUCGGUCAUGGAGAGUCACCAUGUGAGCGCCGCCUUCAGGCUGAUGCAGGACCAGCAGAUGAACAUCUUCGGCAACCUCUCCCGGGAAGAAUGGGUGGAGCUGCGAUCGCUGGUCAUAGAGAUGGUGCUGGCAACAGACAUGUCCUCCCAUCUACUGCAGGUGAAAGCCAUGAAGACGUGUCUACAGCAGCAGGAGAGAAUAGACAAGCCCAAGGCUCUGUCUUUGCUGCUUCAUACUGCUGACAUCAGCCACCCUACCAAGCCUUGGCCACUGCAUGUUCGCUGGACCAAAGCCCUAAUGGAGGAGUUCUUCAGACAGGGGGACAUGGAAGCAGAAUUGGGUCUUCCCUUCUCUCCUCUGUGCGACCGGAAGACCACCCUAGUAGCAGAAUCCCAGAUCGGUUUCAUCGACUUCAUCGUGGACCCUACUUUUUCCCUGCUGACCGACAUGGCAGAGAAGAUUGUUAUCCCCUUGGUUCAGGAGAACCCCAGCCCACCAGAUCCCUGCAAACGACACAGCUCGCUGUGGAAAGAGAGCUCCUGGGGUCUCCAGUGGAGCCUGGCUCACAUCAACGCCGAGCUCGUCAGCUUCCGCUCGACGUGGACGCGACACACGGAGGACAACAAGUUCAAGUGGAAAGACAGGGCAUCCAACGGCUCAGCAGAUCAGAGCUCCAUUGAGGAGCUGUCACCCAAUGAGGAAGGCCUUUCAGAGGAAGACACUACAGAGAUCUUCACUGAAGACUAGCCAGCUUGGAAGACGGGCAGAGAACCCAUGCUCUCCACGCCAGCCAGCCUGACAUGAAAACAGCCCAUCACUUUCUUUUACAUAGCUCAAGUGGUGUGCAAACCAUCCCGGCUCGAACCCUCUUGAGUGUCCCGUCGAGAGGGCGUCCACGAAGCGGGCGCCCCAUCGUCCUUUAGGACAUUGCUUUGGUGUCAUUAAAACAAGUCGGUAACACAAAAUGUUGUGACACAGGGUAGCUACGGAAUGACAAUGCAAGAAUGCAGGUCGUGUUAAGAGGUGUACAGGAGGUUACACUCUUAACACUCACUCAUGACGUGCUUCUGGUGUCACAUCAUCAGACAAAAGGACUGUUUCUGGAGGUGUGUUCAGAAGAAAAAUGUGGCAAAAUCCCCAGUGGCCUUUAGCCAGUUAUUUAUACUAUCCAUUGGAAGUGCCUGCAGCAGAGCAUCUUACAGUAAUCAACAGAGACAUCGUCCUUGUGCUUCCCGGAACACAUUUCAAGGGCUGUUGUUUUUUUAGCAAUUGGCAGAAAAUCUGAAUAUGAACCACGAGAAAAUAAAUCCACAUGCACCCUCUCCCCAGACCAUGCAACAGAGAUGCUCUCAUCACCUCUGUAACAGUUGCACUACAAUGAGAGAGGCCGGGACUUACCACGAUGCACAGUUCUGCCCAGUUGAUUCUGUAUGUGUGACGAGUUCCUGUCAUUUGCUAAGAGUGGGAGUGUGGCCAAUGAAGUGGGUACAUGACUGAUACCCGGCCCGCACCAGAAAGCAUCUGGCUUCCCCAUUAUAACCAUUUCACAGUGAGCCUCGCCCAGGACACCAUACAGAUCAUUCACCAGUCGAGUUUAGUUGUGCACUGACACAACUAAACUAAAAAUGUCUUUGCUCAUUUUUGUUCUUUUUUAAUCUUCAUGGAAUCGGAAAGGGGUUGGGUUUUGUGUGCACCUUCAGAUUGUAGGUACUGUAUACAGUAGUUAUGUAACCAGAGGGUACAGACAUGAUUUACUGUAGGUAGUGCUUCAGCACUGUGGAUGUUUGUAAAAGUCUGUCUUGCAGACUUCUCAGGAGGCUGUUUACUUUCUUCAAGCUGGCAUUUAAUUUAGGCUCAACACAGUAUUUUGUAUUUCUCAAGGUUUUAUUGUUAAAGGUGAUAGUUUUAAAGAUUCACUUGAUAGAUGGAGAAAAAGCUGUAGAAGUGUUUAACAGCCCUGGGAUGUUCAAUCAUUCGUUACUAAAACAAUUAAGACAGAUAAGUAAGAGGGGGGCUUGACUGGAACAAUUUCUAAAAGACUGUGGCUCUCUGGGACCUGGGAGUGUGACAACUCUGUAAAGUAAUUAAUCAAAAAUUAAUAGAUAUGUGGUAUUUAUUCAGUCAUAUUAGAAAGCUUUGAGGCGCAGGCAGAUUACAAUAUGAGUCUUAUUUAUUUAAUUAUUUGCAUUUUAAUUGAAAACUGAAAGCACUCCCCCUGCAUAUCAAAUACCUUUCCAGUUACAUGUUAUUGGACGUAAGUGUAUUCCUUUGAUUAUUAAACAUUAAGAGUUCACAGCUGUAGCACCGCCAUAGGCUUUCACACCAUAAUGUUGCAUUUUGGAAGAACUGCUUCACAAGGCCAGGAUGAACAAGGGGGUCUCUUGAAGACACCCAACAGAUCUGCGUGCAUCCUGGAACAUCCUGCUUGGCAGCGUGUUUACUGUACCUGAGCAGGUGGGAGUAAGAAAAGGGGUUGAUUUGUUGAAAGGCACAGAUGGCCGGGGUGCUAGUAUGCAGGAUGCAUGCCUUUUUCGGUGCUCAUGUAACCACGGGCACUAACUUAUGGACUAACUGUGACUGUUCAGGCGCUGCAGGACUGUGCCUAUUCUCCAGCUGGGAUGUAAGGUUUCCUCACUUUUCCUGGCUGUCCCUACUGGAAUGUGAAUUGGGAAAAGGUAGUUUGGAAUACAAAAAAAAGUUAUGUUUCUUGAUUAAAUCACACUUUAUUACUGUAUGUGAAAGGUCAGGACAUGGCACAAGACACGUAAAAAAAACACCUUGAGCAAUGGGUACAGGCAAAUAAACCUCCUCACUGUUCUGGACGAGUGCUGUGAUUGAUCUCGGCGCCCACUGAGAAAUAAGUGCCCGCUGCACGUCCUGGCCUUUCACACAGUAAGUUGCAUUAGUUUUGUUUUAAACAAGAUGUUUAGAACUUUGCAAAGGGUCACUGCAGGACAGUGUUUUUUCCAGCACAAACGCUCGAAUCGCAGAUCUCCUCUCUACCAGAGCGGGGACACCUUUCUGCCCCAGCAGGGAACGUAAUGCAUUAUUAAAAGUGAACAAGUUUUUCAAUUUUGCAUACUGUAAAUAAACUUUCGUUUUACCAUU